UUUGCCACCGCCAACGUUUGGCAAAAAGCCAUUCAACACACACGACUGUGCGAGGAGGACAACCAAAGCAAAAAGCAAAGCGAAAGUGAAGCCAUGCUGAGCGUGAAGGCGGUGGUGCUGAUGCUGCUGCUGGCAAUGCAGUACGCUGCGCAGCCGUACUUGAACCGGCACUGUUCCGCAACACGGGCCAUCACCACAUCCAUCAUCCUGGCAACCGAGGCAACAAAGUUCGUGGUGUGUGCAGCGGUGAUCUCAGCACAGCAUCCACUUGGAUGGCGCUUUUUCAAGACUGUUCGCAUCAAAGACAGCCUGCGGCUGGCUGGGGUGCCUGCAAUCAUCUAUGCGUUUCAGAACAUUCUUAUCCUCACGGGCACCAAGCACCUGGACGGCCUCAGCCUCAACCUCAUCAACCAGACAAAGACCAUCUUCAGCGCCAUCUUCGUCUACCUUCUCCUUGGGCGUCCUCAAAGUCCAAUGCAGUGCGUGGCGCUGGCCAUCAUGUUCGGGGCAUCUGUGCUGCUAACGGGCCAGAAGGAGGACGCGGGCGCUGCGGUGAUGGUUGAGGAUCGCGACGUGUGGCUCUUCUAUGGAGUGCUGCCCGUCUUUGCUGCUGCAGUCACAUCGGGGCUUGCAGGCGCACUCUCCCAACUCGGCCUGCAGGGGAAAAAGCGAGAUUCGCACCUGUUCUCGAUGGAGCUCGCGGUGUUCAGUAUGGCCACGCUGCUCCUCAAUCUCGUGUUUGUGUCCAACGACCUGGAGAAGAUUCAACGGCUUGGGUUCUUCCACGGCUGGACCCCGGCCACCGCCAUCCCCAUCUUCAGCAGCGCUGUGGGCGGGAUCGUUGUUGGGCUUGUGGUAAAGCACGCUGGUGUUGUUGCCAAAGGGUUUGCCAUUCUUCUCGGCAUUGUGCUCACGGCUGUGCUGGAGGUGCUUGUGGACGGACAUCACAUCAACACGACCAAACUCAUCGCUCUUCCCCUUGUCCUCAUCAGCACAUACCUUCACAUGUCCUUCCCCGUCAAGCAGAAGGACAAGCAGGAAGACAAGAAGGACAAGUAGUAGAUUGGAAGCCCCACGCUGCCUGCUUGCUUGUUGCUUGUUGCUGCGUUGACUGACUGGCAGGUUGGCGUUUUAUUAUUGUCACUCAUUGCAGGCGAUUGUCGAAAGAGGCCAGAAAAUCACACACGCACGUACAACUGAGCACAACAG